GUUCAAACGAUUCUGAGUCCUGUGUGACUGAGUCUGAGCCACUGACUGGGAGAUGACUGUCCUGCUUCCAUAAUGGGCACCUUGAGCAAGUAUGGGCUCCUGCUGUCGCUCCUGCUGGGCUGGAUACAGGCAGGAGCUAGCCAGACUUCCCACUGCAACAGCUCAGCGCCUGGUUCGUUCCAUGACUACGGAGCAACAACUAUAGACGGAAGCAGAAACAUCUCCUUUCAUGACUACGCGGGAAAGCUAAUCCUGGUCGUCAAUGUCGCCACAUUCUGAGGCCUGACGCCCCAAUAUAAGGGAAUGAAUGCACUACAGGACGAGCUGGGUCGAAACGAUUUCGUCAUCCUCGCAUUCCCAUGUAACCAGUUCGGCAAACAAGAACCUGCUGAAAACUAUGAGAUCCUCCCUUUGUUGAAGUAUAUCCGUCCUGGCCAAGGGUUCGUUCCAAACUUCCAACUGUUCAAGAAAGGAGAUGUGAAUGGGGAAAAUGAGCAGCAGCUAUUCACAUACCUGAAGAAUGCCUGCGACCCCGUGGGAAACAGCUUCGGAAACCCCGACAGGCUGUUCUGGCAGCCCCUCAAGAUCUCUGACAUCAAGUGGAACUUUGAGAAGUUUCUCGUUGGCCCUGAUGGCAAGGCCAUUCAACGAUGGUACCCACAGGUCCCUGUCGCUAAUGUCAGGGAGGAUAUCAUUCGCUAUAUGAGUACACUGCCCAAUCGACAACAAAGAAUCCUCUAAAUGAUAUCGCAAAGCUUUAUUGCUUCACCUGCAUAAUGAUACAAAGGUUUGAAUUAGAUAAAUGAGACUUCUCCUCAUUGUUCUCCUUUUACACACUUCACCACCUCCCACUUCUUACAACUACUUUUCCAUUCACCCUCCCCCGUUCAUUCUGUCUUACUCCCCACUCCUCCUCCAUUAUCAUUCCCUGCUCCUCCACCCUCUCCCCUCACUCUCCCUCCACUCACUGUUCCCCACGCUAUCCCCUUCACUCCCCCCUCCAUUCACUGUUCCCCACUCUAUCCCCUUCACCCCCCCCCUCCAUUCACUGUUCCCCACUCUAUCCCCUUCACCCCCCCCCUCCAUUCACUGUUCCCCACUCUAUCCCCUUCACCCCCCCCUCCAUUCACUGUUCCCCACUCUAUCCCCUUCACCCCCCCCCUCCAUUCACUGUUCCCCACUCUAUCCCCUUCACCCCCCCCCUCCAUUCACUGUUCCCCACUCUAUCCCCUUCACUCCCCCCUCCAUUCACUGUUCCCCACUCUAUCCCCUUCACCCCCCCCCUCCAUUCACUGUUCCCCACUCUAUACCAAUUUUUCAUCUGGUGAUUUUAGUCAGGACCCUCCAGUUGCCUGAAGAAAAUUCCUACUGGAACAUUAAAUCGAUGCCUUCUCACUUAUCUAAUGCAAACCAGUAAUGCUAGAACUUUAUACGUAGUAGUUAAUCACGGUCUGUGUCUAAGCCUCAGGAUAUCUCCAGGUAAUGGGCUGGCAGGGCUGGGCGAGAUGGGAAGAGGAGCUGCAGAGUGACGAUUGGACCUAAAAGCAGGUGCUCCCUGCCAGGUCUGGUCUGAAGCUGGGUGAAGGCAGGCUCAGCCCUUUAGUGCAUUCAGGCUGUCCUGUCAGCUCACCCAGAGCAUGUCACCUCUCCCCACACACCAGCAGCUCUGCCUGCCUGCCUGUCUGCCUGUCAGGAUAUCAAUAAGCCUCAAAAACACCUGUACACACAAAUAAAAAUCCAUCUUUCACAAA